GCCGGUGGUUCUUGCCCCACUUUAAUCAUACAUCAAAUUUAACCAUUUUAUGAGUUGGUUUGGAGUUUUACUUACUUGAUCCCGUGCCGAUGAGACGACGCAGGGAAUCAUUUUCCCCUGGCGUAUUGCAGUAGACAAAUCAGCGUGCGCCAAUCAUCGGGUUCAUGGUAAUAUUUCAUUGUCGAGACUUGAUACGAUGGUAACGCUCAGCCCAGACUCUUGUCGGGGAAAUAAAAUAAAAAUGAAAUGAAACGGAAUUCUAACAACAUAAGAUGAUUCCUUCCCCCUCCCUCCUUUUAUUUUAAUUCCUCUUCCCUUCCACUCGAUAGACUGCUCUCUACGUUCUCUCUCGGUGUCAGGGACAAUUCGUUUACGUUCCCCCCAGUCAUUCUUUACAGUUUGCGAAUAGAUUUCGCAUCCCACUCUCGUUUCUUGCAGCGCAGUCUCCCAGAGAAAGCAAAGGGCCAAUCUCCAAUAAAAUCUCAGAAGAUCGACAUUGACUGUCGUCAUACAACAUCAAUAAAUAUGUACCUCAACAAUAAGCUCUCCGUUGCCCUGCUGGCCGCUCUGGCCGCUGGUUCUGAGGCCAGCCAUGCUCGCAACCACAAGCUCUUCCAUGCCAGGAACGUCAACUCGACCGUGUCUACUUCGUCGGUGUUUGUCUACCCGACCCCGGAGUUGCCCUCCAGCUCUAUCCCCGCUAGCUCUUCCCCUGUUGCGUCUUCCUCGGCCGUUGGAUCUUCUUCUCCCGCCGUCACCUCCGAGGGAUCGUCCGCCAUUACCCAGCCUCCGGUCCCUCUCAGCACCGGUGUUACUGGACCUGGAUCUUCUGGCGCCGGUGAUGACAACUCUGGAUCCGCCACUGAUAUCACUAUCACUUACACUCUCGGCACUGGCGCUUCUAAGAGUGUUGUCACUACCACUAUCCACAAGACCGCCACUAACACCGAAACCAUUUACACUACUCCCUCUGUGCCCUCUGCCGGUAGCGAGGAGCAGACCACUACUCUUCACUCCACCGCGACUUCUACCGUUACCGUUGUAGAGGUUCCCUCUUCUGGCGCUGCUGGCCCCUCGGGCAAUGCUGGUAGCUCUGGCAGCGAUGCUUGCACUGGACAGGCCACUGUCACCGUUACUGCCACUGUCACUGAGACCGUCAAUGGAGCUCCUAGCGCUACUGCCAACCCCGGUGGUGAAAUCACCAAGCCCCAUGACCAGGACCACCAGCAGAACCCUGGAAAAGGUGGCAACGACAACGGUGAGGGCGAUGAUGACAACAACGACGAUGGGUCUGAGCAGACCAGCGCUCCUCUUCCCGUCCCCACCCACACUGGCCGCCCUCCCUUCGGCAAUGGCACCCUUCCCAUUGCCACCAGCGGCGUCGCGAAGCCCACUGGCUUCUUGACCUCCAGCAAGCACGCUUUCCCUACCAAGUACCGUCGCGCUCACUAAGCCAAUGGACCCCAUGGCGACCCAUUCGGUCCCUCAGAGCGUUGGUAUGACCGUUUGUAACUAAGAUUUCAUUUGGUGGCGAACCGUACGCUGGC